UUUGGCAAGCUUUCAAUGCCGUUUCUUGAUUUAAUUUAACUGGAAAUAAGACUCUUCCAUUGACAACAUGCAGCCAGAAUUUGGACACAUCGUCGGUGGUGGUGCACAUAAAAAAUAGUUUCACGUACUUUGGUAAAAGCCGCGAACAGAAAAGCAGCUACAGAAAACGAAACUACAACCCGAAACGGAAACUGAAACGCGACCAGACAAUAAAAAAGUGAAAAACGCUAUGCAAAUGGCCCUUUCCCGCCGCUUCUGCACUGCCAAGUGCAUGAGAAAAUAUGUAAAGCAGAAAUUAGACGAUGACAAACUGGAGAAUGGAAACCGAAAGUGCGUAAUUAAUUUCUAUUCCAUUGCAGCCCGCUGAAAAUGCCACACUGCUGGGUGGACAUGGAGCCCAGCUCAUCCCUGAGGGGCAUGGCCGUCGUAUCGGAGAGGAGCCAUUGAGAGCCUGUCUAAGGCCAUUUAAGUCCCAGCGCAAACAGACUCGCACAUGGCACUCACCCCAGCAGGAGCAGGAGGAGGAGCAGGAGCUCCAGUCCUGCGGAGCUGUGGCACCCACACGACCUAAAACAACAACCAACAGCCAACAUGCAACAAGGGGCACAACUGAUGUGCGGUUUUGGUUUCAUGGCUUACGGCUUUGAUUGCUGUCAUCGCUCAAUUGAUUUUUCACUAAUGCCGUCGAUUGGCAAAACCAAAACCGAAAUAAAAGUGAAAUGCAAAGCAUUAAAAACAGCAGAACUUAAACGCCAAAAUAAACAAUUUGUCGAACAGUGACGUGUGUGUGCGCUUUUGAGGCAAACAAUACAUAAAAACCGGAAAGAAAGGAAAGAGCUUAUGUUUGACAUGAAAUUAAAUCGCAUUCGAAAUGGGAACAUGUUCCAUGGUGAACAAUAAAACUAAAAUAGGAUUAGUUGCGGUCCGUGCUUAAUUUCACAGUGCGAAAUGCAGGCCUGAUUUCAGAUGGGUUUUGUAGAAUAAUGCGAAAAGUGAAAAUAAACAAAAACUGUUACAGAUACGCUCCAA